CCAUCCUCAAUAACCACUAACUGUGUUCUGUCCCUUCCAGCCAUCCUCAAUAACCACUAACUGUGUUCUGUCCCUUCCAGCCAUCCUGAACCUGGACAAUACUGUGGUGGAUCUGGAGACUCUACAAGCCCUCUAUGAAAACAGAGCACAACAGGAUGAGAUGGAGAAAAUCGAUAAGCACAUCAAGUCAUCUAAAGACAAGGACAACGCCAAACCACUGGACAAACCUGAGCAGUUUCUGUUCCAGUUACAUCAGAUCCCCAACUUCUCAGGCCGGGUGUUCUGUAUCCUGUUUCAGUCCACCUUCUCUGAAUGGCUCUCCUCUAUCCUGCGCAAACUGGACAUCCUGCAGAGAGUGUGCACGACCUUGCAGAGUGGCCAGUGUGUGAUGCAGGUGCUGGGUCUGGUCCUGGCCUUUGGUAACUUCAUGAAUGGUGGCAACCGAACCAGAGGACAGGCUGACGGCUUUAACCUGGAUAUCCUGCCCAAGCUGAAGGAUGUGAAGAGCAGUGAUAACACACGGAGCCUGUUGUCCUACAUAGUGGCGUACUAUCUGAGGCACUUUGACGAGGACGCCGGCAGGGAGACGUGCCUCUACCCUCUCCCUGAGCCCCAGGAUCUGUUCCAGGCUUCACAGAUGAAGUUUGAGGACUUUCAGAAGGACCUGACCAGGCUGAAGAAGGACCUUCGAGCGUGCAACACAGAGGUGGAGAAGGUGUGUAAAGUGUCGUCUGAAGAUCACCUACAGCCCUUCAAGGACAAGAUGGAGGAAUUCCUCAGCCAAGCUAAAUCUGACCUGGAGGUCCAGGAGACGCAGCUCAGUGACACUCACAAGUUGUUCCUGGAGUUGACGGUGUUCUACCAGGUGAAGGCUAAGAUGGGAGAGAAGGAGGUUUCCCCCCACACCUUCUUCUCCGUGUGGCACGACUUCUCCUCCGACUUUAAAGACCUGUGGAAGAAGGAGAACAAGAUGAUCCUACAGGAAAGACUGAAGAAGGCAGAGGAGUGCUUCAGACAAGCCAAGGAGAAGGCUACCUACAGUGUCAAACCCAAGCAUGCUUCGGGAAUCAAAGCCAAGCUGGGCAUGAAGAUUUAAGACCGGUGGACGGCUACGUUUACUGUAGAGAGACACGAGGAACAACCACAUUGGACUGCAUGUACUACUACACACUAUUCCCUAUGUAGGGCACUACUUUAGACCAGGGUCCCAUAGGGCUCCAGUCUAAAGUAGUGCACUACAUAGGGAAUAGGGUCCCAUAGGGCUCUAGUCUGAAGUAGUGCACUA